CACGGUAACACACACUCAUGUGACCAAACAUCUGACUGUCAAGCUUAACACUGAUCUCAGACCAGCCCUAAACGAUUUAAAAACUGAUCUGAGCUAGUUUAUAAACUCCUUAAUUGUUCAUUUGUUUCAAACCAUAAAUGCAACCUAGUUUUCUGUUUUAGUUAAUUAUUUAUGUAAGUACCGUACUAAAAUUCUGACAUUUAGAAAGAUUGUCAGUAGUAAGCUUUCUUGUGACAGCAAGAAAUAUAUUUCUAUCUUUCUCCAAGUAUUCUUUAAACAAUUUGAUUUUUUUGUGGAGCUUGCAGAAAUGUUACCAAAAAGUAGGCCUACUGCUGCUGUAAAACAAAUUUUCUUCAAAAAAGAAAAGUGGUGAAAAGUUUUUCAUUUUAGUGUGAAUUUUUAAGUAAUAAGUAAAAAAUACUUCUACAACUAAAGCCCUGAGGCCGAGCCCCCCAUUCCAUUCGACCUAGCAAUGCCCCCCUGUUGGAGACGUUUAAAGCGGCAAAAAUCCGUAGAAGUCGCUAUACACAAACAACCAUGCGGAAAAAGUUUUGAAGCUAAUACAUCUGCAGUCAACUGAUGACUCCAGCCUGCUGUUUUAAUGAUCAUGACGCAAUACAGCAUCCAUUUGUGAGGAAAAACACUUAUGAGCAUGAACUUAUGAGAUGGAGGCACAAAAGGCCACACCUCCGUCCACUGAUCAGGACCAUGUGGUCCCACUUCAAGAAGCUGCCUUAUAAAUCAAGAAGUGUUUUGCCGUCCUCUGAUAAAAACGCUGAACACUGCAGUGAAAAGGUUCAAGCAGAUCAUCGAAAGUGUGGCAGAAUUUAAUCUUACAUGCGAGUUGGGUAUGAUGCCGAACACAGUGUUUUUCUGCUGGAUUAUGAUGAAUGUCAUGGUGAUGGCAUCACAUCCAAACCUGAAGCGCAGUCAAAGUUCAUUUAGCUUUUCUGAUACAGACUUUCUACCUGAAGUCGAUCCAUAUCAAUUUGAAAUAAGCUCAGCAGAAGAAAAACCGAUAGAGGAUCUUGGCUUCUAUGAUGAGGACGUGGGUAAAGCUGUGCAGCUGCAGAGAAGAGGCACUCGCUCCCCCAGUCGCUGUAUCCCGCAUCAGCAGUCCUGCCUGGGCCACCACCUCCCUUGCUGCAACCCCUGCGAUACGUGCUACUGUCGCUUCUUCAAGGCUUUCUGUUACUGUCGCAGCAUGGACCACACCUGCAAACACGAUCAUGCAUAGAGCCAGGCAUUUCCCUGAACUGGUUAAUGGCUGUGUACAUUUACAGCUUAUACAGCCAAUGAAUGUGAAUAUGGACAGUGCAGACAUACUUCUAAAUACAGCAUUACAUUAUCCACAAUAAGGUUUCUUAUUAUUUAUGCAAAUAUCAUAUGCACAAACUAAAGUGAAAUUUUAUUGCAAUGUUACUUUAAUGUUGUCUUAAAUAUUUUGUAUAUGUAAUUUCAAUAAACCAGGGUUAUUGCAUAAAGUAAGUCUAGUUAUUGUUGAAAAACAUCAGUACUGAUUGAAUUAAUUAGAAAACGUAUAUAAAUAAAGUUUCAUUUGUUUUAUUUUGCCUAUACCUAAAAA